AAAUAUGAUUAUUAAGGAAGAAUUUCUUCAGUUUGUGCAUACGACAGAUACUACUGGAAAAGGUUUAGCCGAUAUUAUUAUACAAAAUUUACAUUCUUUUGGUAUAGAAACAAAAUACCUAAGAGGGCAGUGUUACGAUGGAUGUGCAUCUAUGUCUGGUCAAUUUAACGGAGUUCAAGCCAUCAUUCGCCAAAGUUACCCACUUGCGACGUAUGUUCAUUGUGCUGCUCAUGUAUUAAACCUUGCUGUUUCUUAUUCAUGUUCUAUACAAGAAAUACGAAACUGUUUAGGAACAAUAUCUAAAGUUCGAGAUUUUUUCAUAUACCCUAAGCGGAAAGAUGUGUUAAAAAAUGAAAUCGAAGAAAGUCAAGAAUGUAUUACAAAAAAAACAUUAAAAAGAUUAUGUGCGACUAGAUGGGUUGAACGUUUUUAUGCUGUGAAUGAUUUUCUUGAGCUUUUCGAGUACGUAAUUGAAUCGUUAUUUAUAAUUUCAAAGUGGAAUGACACUGACACAUCAUCACAAGCAAGCAACUUACGAACAUCAAUACUGAAAGGAGAUUUUAUAAUUUGCUUACUUAUUGUGAAUAAAGUAUUUAGUUAUGGACUACCUCUUUCAAAACAACUUCAAAGAAUAAAUAUUGAUCUAGGCGAAGCUAUGGAUCUUGCGGAAGAUACAAUAAAAGAACUUAAAUCUAUAAGAUCAAAUGCUGAGUCUGAAUUUCAUAAAAUUUUCGAAAAUGCAUUGACUUUAGCAAAUAAACUAGAUAUAAAUAUUUCCAUACCACGUAUUACAGGAAGACAAACGAAAAGAGUAAAUAUUGAGACAAAUUCGCCAGAAUCAUAUUUUCGAGUUACUUUUUUUAUUCCUUACUUAGAUACAUUUAUAGAUCAACUAAAUUCAAGGUUUGUGAAUCAAAAAAUGUUAUUAUUGGACUUCAAGUCAUUAAUUUCAACAGACGAAAAUGAAGCUCACUUUAUACGCCUGGCACAAAAGUACAUGGUUGACUUAAAUGAAUGUGAAGAAUCUGUGUUAUUGGCUGAGUUCAAAUUAUGGCAAAGACGUUUAGAAAAUAUUGGAUCAUCAAAUAUACCAAAAAAUGCCAUGGAAGCAAUAGUUUUAUGCAAUAGACAAGUUUAUCCAAGUGUAUUUAAACUGCUACAGAUUUUUGCAACUUUACCAGUAUCAACUGCAUCUAGCGAGAGGUCGUUUUCAAACUUGAAAAGAAUAAAGACAUACUUGCGAAACACAAUGUCACAAGGGCGGUUAAAUGGUUUAGCUAUGCUAGCUAUCCACAAAGAAGUUGGAAUUGAUGUCGAUGAAGUGAUCGACCAACUUAGUUUAAAGAAGAGGCGCUUAGAUUUUUUACUAUAG